AGGAAGGCAGGGGCUUUGGAAUUCAACUGAGACAAACAACUUUUUGAUAACGCCGAUAAAAUAUUUACAGCAAUUGAUCUACAGUGAUCAAAGGUCGAUUCAAAUGGACGUCGACCCCCAAUUCAAUCUCCAACUGGUGGCCUCGCUUCCAGGUCACGAAGAGCGCGCGUGGCAAGUUGCCUGGAACCCAACGAAACCUCUGCUUGCCUCAUGCUCAGCAGACAAGACCGUCCGGCUGUAUAACUACCAACGUAGUGGAGACGACCAGACAGCAUCGCCGUCCUUCUCUCAUAUCAGUACCAUCUCGACAGCACAUACUAAGACGGUUCGCAGUAUCGCGUGGGCACCCUCGGGCAAGACAUUUGCGACCGGCUCGUUCGACUCUAACGUCGGGAUAUUUGAGAAAAAGGAAGAAUUGGAUGACGAGAACGGUCUAGAUGAAUCCGAAGAAUGGGAAUGCGUGACGAUGCUAGAAGGCCACGAAACGGAGUGCAAAAGCGUCGGGUAUUCAGCCACUGGGACCCUACUGGCCAGCUGUAGUAGAGACAAGACGGUCUGGAUCUGGGAGGUUCAUCCCGACGCCGAUUUCGAAUGCAUGGGAGUGCUAAUGGAACACAGUCAAGACGUCAAGUGCGUGGCCUGGCAUCCCACGGAAGAGAUCCUUGCCUCGGCUUCUUACGAUGACACGAUCAAGUUCUACAUCGACGAUCCAUCGGAAGAUUGGUACUGCCUAUCGACGCUGACCGGCCACGAGGCAACGGUUUGGUCACUUGCAUGGUCGCCCGACGGGAAUUACUUGGCCUCAGCUUCCGACGAUCUUUCGAUCAGAAUUUGGAAACGUGUGGAUCAGUAUAAUUGGAAAUUCGUACACCAGAUCAGGGGUCAUGAGAGAAGCAUCUACUCUGUCAGCUGGAAUAUUGGCAAGGGCACAUCGUCCAAGAGCAUGGGGUGGCUAGCAAGUACCGGUGGGGAUGGGAGGAUAAACAUAUGGGAGAUAUCGCAACCUUCCGAACAGGCCACGAAAGAUACACUGUGUUCCAAGCUAAUCGCUUCGAUUUCAUCUGCUCAUGGUGUCAGUGACGUCAAUUCGGUGCAGUGGUGUCCCCGAUCCGGAGUCGAAGAUUUACUUGCAACCGCGGGGGAUGAUGGCUCCGUCAAAGUGUGGAGGGUUGUGCCUGCGAGUAAUUAACACCUUUCGUGUCGUUGUAGAGGCAAGUCUUCCUUGGUGAAGAUAGUAGCCAUGACAGAUACAACUGCCUAGAGUUUGUCGCUCGAGCGGCGACGCCGUCGUGACGGUCAGUAGAAGUGAAAACCUCCAACGUACACUGGCUACCGAGUAAAUGGUGGCAACACUGAACGCUGAGCCAGCAUAGUCAC